AUGGCAAGUGGAAUUCUGGAGGUUGUGCUGGUUGAUUGCAAAGGCAUUCGAGAGAAAGAAUUCUUGGUGAAAAUGAAUCCAUACGUUGUGAUUCGAUAUGGAAAUCAAGAGUGUAAGAGCAGCGUGGCUGGAGGGGAAGGAAAGAAACCAGUAUGGAACGAGAAAUUUACGUUCAACGCUGAGUACCCGGGUGGUGAAGAUCACAAAUAUAAGCUUACUUUUCAUAUCAUGGACAAGCACAAGAUCUCUGAUGAUGUUUUUGUUGGCGAAACCAUAAUAUAUGUUAAGGAUGUUGUGUCGCUAGGGGUGGAAACGGGAAAGGCUGAACUUCGUCGAGGCAAGUAUAGGGUUGUCCUUCCUGACAAGACUUAUGCCGGAGAGAUUUGUGUUGCAGUAAAUUUCACUUCAAAUGUCUAACUAAAUUUAUUUACGAUAAUGCUACAUAUGCAAACUUAUUGCGGAGACACUUUUUGAUUGGCGCAAUAUUAUUUUUAUUAAGACGGCUUCUACUAUCAUCAAUAUUAUUGUAUACCAAUCA